AUGGGGGAACAAGAAACCAUUGAAGGUUACAUCGGCAGAAUCCAAGUGAUUGUCAACGUAAUGCGUGCAUGCGACAAAAUAGUCAAAGAUAAGAAGAUAGUUCAUAAGAUUUUACGUACGUUAACGCUCCAGUACGACCACAUUGUCGUGGCGAUUGUAGAAAGUAGAGAUUUGGAGAAAAUGAAAGUCGAAGAAUUGCAAAACUCACUUGAAGCUCACGAACAACGAUUGCUAGAAAGGAAAGCCGUAGAACAAGAUGCAACACCGAGCACUUGCCAGGCAUUACAAGCGAAAGUCCAGAAGGGUCGUGAAACUGGCAGAGGAAGAGGCAAACGAGGUGGUCGUGGAGGUCGAAAUGGAGGAAGAUUCAUUAAUAGCACUGAACAAAACAAAGGUGAGAACAACAUCAAACACGGGAAUAACAGAGGCCGAGGGAAACCCAGAGGAAUAGGAGGUAGGAAAAGUGUUGACAGAAGAAAUGUCAACAAGAAAAAAGACAACAACGAAGCUAAUCUUGUGAAGGAUGAACCAAAAUCCGACUCAGACCACGUGAUACUGGUGACAGUUGCAACACAUGGCAAGAUUGGAAAAGAUCAGAGAACAACAUAUAAAGAUCUCAUGCAGCAAACAUACAAGAAAGCAGACAGGUGUGAAAAAGAAAUGAAGUGCGUGAAAUAUGUGUCUGUUGGUGAGAAAGAAAACCAUGCAGAACAAGAGAUGUCGUGGUACCUGGAUACAGGUUGCUCCAACCACAUGACAGAUAAUCGAAUAUGGCUUCUUGAUCUUGACAUAAGUGUCAAAAGCAUGAUCCGAUUCGCUGACAACAACACCAUUCAAGCUGAAGGGGUAGGAAAAAUUCUGAUUAAAGGCAAAGAUGGAAAGUCUGUAUACAUGCACAAUGUCCUUUACGUGCCCUUGAUGAAGAGUAAUCUUCUUAGCCUAGGUCAACUACUUGAAAAAGGCUUUACCAUGAAAAUGCAGUAG